AUGUCGAACUUAUCAAAGCUUGAAUUUGUAGCACUUGACAUUAUCGGAAGCAAUUAUUUAUCAUGGGUCCUUGAUGCUGAAAUUCACCUUGAGGCUAAAGGUCUUGGGGAUACUAUUAUACAGGGAAAUGAAUCAUCAAGUCAAGAUAAAGCCAAGGCUAUGAUUUUCCUUCGUCAUCAUCUCUAUGAAUUAUUAAAAAGCGAAUAUUUAACUGUGAAAGAUCCACUUGAAUUGUGGAAUAAUUUGAAGGAUCGAUAUGAACACCUAAAGCUGACGGUAUUACCGAAAGCUCGAUAUGACUGGAUGCAUCUCCGACUCCAAGAUUUUAAAACUGUAACUGAUUAUAAUUCUGCUAUCCAUCAAGUAAGUUCUGUAUUAAAAUUGUGUGGAGAAACUAUCACUGAUGAGGACUUACUGGAGAAAACUUUUACCACUUUUCAUGCUUCAAAUGUGUUGCUACAACAGGAAUAG